AGACCGCCCUGAUUUACUCCGCAGACACUGUAUAUCUGUGAUACUCCAGAAACCCCUUCCUCCUAGCCCCUCUCUGACACACUGCCUGUGGGGAGGGUCCGGACAAACUACAAGCCGAGCUGCUCGAAGGCAGCAGGAACCUUCAAUGAGUCCAGCGGCGAGCGCCAGAGUAGAUUGACGAUGACUGGAAAUGACAACGGCAUGUCUACGUGAAGAUUACACUUUGGAAUCGUGUCUCCGGCUGACAGUGGAAUUGCAUCGCAGGACCCAUUAUGCCCUCAAGGGAAUCGACUACCUAUAGCUGUCAGAGGCUUCUGUAGAAAUGAAUGAGAACAAUACACCAUGCAUGGCGCCCAUGGGCUCCAUCAACAAUUAUUACGACAAGGACUUGGUCAGAUUUUAUUAUAACCUGACUAAUAAGUCUCUGAACCCCAAGUAUUCGACAGACAAAGUAAAUGUUGUGUCUGUCAUCUUCAUGAUCCUGUGUUCCUUUAUCGUCCUUGAAAACCUGUUGGUUCUGGUGGCGAUCUGUAGAUACAAGAAGUUCCACUCGGCCAUGUUCUACUUCAUCGGCAACUUGGCGCUGUCGGACAUGUUUGCGGGCAUCACUUACAUCUUCAACCUUGCGUUCUCGGGUGCAUGGACCAUGAAGCUGACUCCGCUGCAGUGGUUUUUCCGAGAGGGCACCAUGUUCAUCGUGCUGUCGGCCUCAGUCCUCAGUCUCCUGGCCAUCGCUAUUGAGAGGCACGCCGCCAUUGUGAAAGUCAAACUGUACAGUAGCGACAAGAACAGUCGGAUGUGCCUGCUGAUCGGAAGCUGUUGGAUUGCCUCCGUGCUGCUGGGCGGGCUGCCCAUCAUGGGCUGGAACUGCUUGUGUCACAAGAGUGGCUGCUCCACCGUGCUCCCGCUCUUCUCGAAGAACUACAUUCUAUUCUGCAUCACCCUCCUGAGCAUCAUCCUGCUGUCCAUCGUAAUUCUAUACGUGCGGAUUUACCUGAUUGUGCGAUCGAGCCACUGUGAAAUGGCGGCCCCACAGACCUUGGCCUUGUUGAAGACUGUGACCAUCGUCCUCGGAGUGUUCAUCGUGUGCUGGGCGCCCACCUUCAUCAUCUUGCUGCUGGACUUUGCCUACAAGGGGAAUGAAUGCAAGAUUCUGUACAAAGCCGAGUAUUUUCUGGGCUUGGCCACCCUCAACUCUGCCAUGAACCCCAUCAUCUACACCCUGAGGAGCAGGGACAUGCGCAGGGCAUUCCUGCACAUUAUCUGCUGCAGCUCGCUGAUGGACAAAAAGGCACGGAUGGACACUUGCUUCGCCACGCUUCACCACCCCAGUACCUUGGAUCGAUCUUACCACAAGCACGAGGCACUAGACUCGCCAAUGAUGCCAGAAUGUACAACCUUCGUGUGAUGCCCGUGGUUGCCAAAGGCUAGGUGGUGAGGGUCAAGGUCAGGGGCACAAUUAACACAUGCAUUCUCCACACUUGGCCUUGGUCAAUGCCAUGCCAGCCACCUCUCUGGCAUGGGGGAACAAGCUGGAUCGCAGCCAAACUGACCACAUCAGCUGACCAGUGGGGUUUAUAUUCUGAUGCCCUGGAACCCAUUUGCCACCAGCCAAAAAUAAAUGAAUAACCUUGACAAGAGGACAUUUAGCCUCAUCAGGAAUAACAGGAUUCAAGAGUAUGCCAAGACUCUGCAACCUGGCGAGAGCAUGUUGCGAACGUAUUUCUCCAACUAAUGACUGGCAUUGCUUGACCUCAACAUCUUGAAGCUCUUGUGAUCUUAACCAAAGGGCUGGAUGUCAUCAGGAGGCCACAUGCAUUAAUGGUGUGUUGCAGAAGAGAGGAAAGUAAAUGUUAUUGCGUUGGGGCAGUAACAAAAGCACAUGCCAUUCUAACAAGACCCAUCAUUCCUGGAGAGAACUCCCAGUGCCCUUACGCGGUCCCUGACUCUGAGAAAAGCAGACUCUGAGAGAAAUGUGCUCACAACCUAAUACACCGUUCCCGACUCUGAAACUACCCCGUCCCCAGCUCCACCCCAUUCCUGAUCCAUGGUAAAUGCCCACAGAGAUAGCACUUCAAGUAGUGUAUCUUGCGGAUUAUGGUUACCCCGGAUCAUUAUAAAUGGUGACAAUCUUUAUUACUAAGUCCUGGAACUCCUUAUUCAAUACCGUGUGCCAGCUUGUUUACGACAGACUACAGCAGGUCUUAAGAGAGACUAAUUGCCACCUUCCUGAAGGCAAUCGGAGAUGGGUCAUAAAUGCCAACAAAAUCCACAGACCAUAUAACCAUAUAACAAUCACAGCACGGAAACAGGCCAUCUCGGCCCUACAAGUCCGUGCCGACCAUAAAUGAACUAAACCAUAUCCUCUGUGACAGGUUAGUCACUGAACCUUAUUGAGCCCAUCACCUUGGUAACAGAACGACUGACUCAUUGAAUUAGAUCUGAGAUACGUGAAGAUCAAAGAUGUCUAUUUUAAACUCUACACAUGCCCAUUAGAAACAUGUUUUUUUUUUUUACAGUGCUUUGGGUUAGCCUCAAUCUGCUGCUAGGGUCCCUCUGACUUACUCUGUAAAGGUUUCUCCAACUGAACCAUUAUUUUAUAUUGGCCAUUUAGUAGUUUCAUGAUCUUCCUGUUUGAUCAGCCUGUGGAACAGGCCUGUGGAGCCUUCCAACCUCGGCAUAGCUCCAUGACUCACUCAGUGCAGCCUGUACUCGACUCGACAUUUAACCGUUUCUGUGAAGGCAGACCCCAAAUCAAAGCAUCUAUCCCGGAGAAAACCCUGGUCCCAAUCCCUGGUCUCCCUCCUUCCCCACCUCCUGCCCCCAUUGUUGGGGAAACAUGCACAUUUUCCACAUGUUGGAAAUGGCUUUGUAUUAACACAGAGUCCAAGUAUAAAAGCUGAAAGAAGAGAUGUGGCCUCAAUUUCCUUGAGUGAAAACAGAAACAAAGUCUAGUGUUUUAAUUAGUCUUGCCGUCACUUGACUUCAGGAAAAAUCCAGUGGCAAGUCAGAUACCACCUGAUGUAUUCCCCAUGGUGAUGCUUUCCUUUUAGGAGAUUAAUGGGAAUGAAUUGGGUGGAACAUCCAUGACCAUUUGGUUGGUCUGUCCCUUGCGACAAAGGUGAACCAAUAGGUUGUUGUGCAGUUUCAAUGUUAAAGUGGCAACACUACAGCUGAAGGCAGUAUUAAAUACCGAAUGUUUAAUGUAUAUGUAACAAUGUAUAAAAUGCCAAAAGAUAGAAUAGUAAACGGUACGAGAUCCUAUUCGGAUCUGUUCACUGAAAAUUAAAUGAAUGAAAAAUAAACUUUUUCUAAAAAUC